AUGUCCUCCCACCUCAACCCACCUCUCCUCAUCCUCCCCAUCCUCCUCCUUCUCUUCUCCCCUUCCAUGCCCUCCACCUCCACUCCUUCCUCCUCCCUCCUCUCCUUCUCUCCACCGGAAGGAGGUCUCACACAUUUGGUGGUCCACAACAAAACAGGUGAGGUCUACCUGGGAGCUGUCAACUGGAUCUACAAGCUGUCCAGCAACCUGACCAAGCUACGAAGCCACGUUACUGGCCCAGUUACAGACAACCCUCGCUGUUACCCUCCACCUGGUGUUCAGUCCUGCCCCCAUGAGCUGGUGCAGACCUCCAAUGUCAAUAAACUUCUGCUACUUGAUGCUGCCCACAAUCGCUUAAUUGCCUGUGGGAGUACUUCCCAGGGAAUAUGCCAGUUCCUGCGUCUGGAUGAUUUGUUCAAGCUCGGCGAGCCCCACCACCGUAAAGAACAUUAUCUAUCCAGUGUUGCUGAGGCAGGCACCAUGUCAGGUGUCGUGAUCUCUCCGGAUCUUUUUGGUGGAGGUGGGAAACUCUUUGUGGGCACACCUAUCGAUGGGAAAUCUGAAUACUUCCCGACACUUUCGAGCCGUAAGUUAAUGUCCAACGAGGAGAACGCUGACAUGUUCAGCUUCGUCUACCAGGAUGAGUUUGUCUCCUCACAGCUGAAGAUUCCCUCAGAUACCCUCUCCAAGUUCCCGGCAUUUGACAUCUACUACAUAUACGGCUUCAACAGCGAGCAGUUUGUGUAUUACCUUACCUUACAGCUGGACACUCAGCUCACCUCUCCAGAUGCAAGCAGCGAACAGUUCUUCACCUCUAAAAUCGUCCGCCUGUGUGUCGACGAUCCUAAGUUCUACUCAUAUGUUGAGUUCCCCAUUGGCUGCACCAAGGACGGAGUGGAGUACCGCUUGGUUCAGGAUGCUUAUUUGGCCCGACCAGGGACGCGUCUGGCACGUUCGCUUGGUAUUCAAGAGCGAGAGGAGGUUCUGUUUACUGUAUUCGCCCAGGGUCAGAAGAACAGAGCCAAGCCACCCAAGGAGUCGGCUUUGUGUCUGUUCACAAUGAGACGGAUCAAGGAGAAGAUUAAAGAGAGGAUUCAGUCGUGCUACAGAGGAGAGGGGAAACUCUCCCUGCCCUGGCUGCUCAACAAGGAACUGGCCUGCAUCAAUUCGCCGCUGCAGAUAGAUGACAACUUCUGCGGCCAGGACUUCAACCAGCCUCUAGGGGGCACCACCGCCAUCGAGGGCAUCCCGCUCUACGUGGACAAGGACGAUGGCAUGACCUCAGUGGCGGCCUACGACUACCGCGGACACACUGUGGCAUUCACUGGCACUCGCAGCGGACGCAUGAAGAAGAUCCUGGUGAACUCCGUCGUCCAGCCGGCCUUGCUGUACGAGAACGUGGUGGUGAGCAAUGGGAGCCCCAUCCUGAGAGAUAUGCUCUUCAGCCCGGAUCAUCAACACUUAUAUGCCCUCACGGAUAAACAGGUUACCCGUGUACCAGUGGAGAGCUGUGAGCAGUACACCUCCUGUGGAGCCUGUCUGGGAUCAGGAGACCCUCACUGUGGCUGGUGUGUGCUACAUAGCGUAUGUUCGAGGAAAGAUCGCUGCGAUCGGGCAGAGGAGCCUCAGCGUUUCACCACCAGAGUGGAGCAGUGCGUCCGACUGUCCGUCCAACCCGACACCGUCUCUGUCACCAUGUCGGAAGUGCAGUUGGUGCUUCAGGCGCAGAAUGUGCCCAGUCUCUCUGCUGGAGUGAACUGCUCCUUUGACGACUACGUAGAGACAGAAGGACGCAUCUACGGGGGACGGAUCUUUUGCCUUUCCCCCUCUACAAAAGAGGUGGCCCCCAUCACACGAGACCAAGGUGACCAACGUGUGAUAAAGUUGUAUCUGAAGUCGAAGGAGACGGGGAAGAAGUUUGCCAGCGUGGACUUGGUCUUCUACAACUGCAGCGUCCACCAGUCGUGCCUAUCCUGUGUCAAUGGAAACUUCCCCUGUCACUGGUGCAAAUAUCGCCACAUGUGCACGCAGGAUGCCAGCGACUGCUCCUUCCAGGAGGGACGAGUCAACACCUCGGAGGAGUGUCCUCAGAUCCUGCCCUCCACCCAGAUCUAUAUCCCCGCAGGAGUUAUGAGGCCGAUCACCCUGCUAGCCCAGAACCUGCCUCAGCCGCAGUCUGGACAGAAGAACUACGAGUGCAUCUUCCACAUCCAAGGCAACACGCACAGUGUGCCGGCUCUGAGGUUCAACAGCACCAGCAUACAGUGUCAGAAGACAAUGUAUGACUACGAGGGCAGUGACAUCAGUGACCUACCAGUCGACCUCUCCGUGGUGUGGAAUGGAAUCUUUGUCAUUGACAACCCGUUCAAUAUCCAAGCCCACCUGUACAAGUGCAGAGCGUUGCGAGACAGCUGCGGUAUGUGCCUCAAGGCUGACCCCAGGUUCGAAUGUGGUUGGUGCGUCCAGGACAAGAAGUGCUCCCUCAGACAGGAGUGUGCCAGCGGAGGAAAUUCCCACCUCCCGCUGCAGCUGACUGAAGGCGGAGGGUGGAUGCACGCCACCUCUGGAAACAGCCGCUGCACCCACCCCAAGAUCACGAAGUUGUUCCCUGAGACGGGGCCUCGCCAAGGGGGAACCAGGGUGACCAUCUUGGGGGAGAACCUUGGUCUGCAGUUCCGAGACAUCCAGAUGGGCGUCAGGCUGGGCAAGGUGCCCUGUGUGCCUGUUGAGGAGGAGUAUGUGAGUGCAGAGAGAAUAGUGUGUCUGCUGAACGACGCUACCAGCUACAGAGUCCAGGAAGCUCAGGUUGAGGUGUGUGUGAGAGACUGCGUCAACGACUACAGAGCCUUGUCGCCAAGACCCUUCACCUUUGUGACUCCAUACUUCACCCGUAUCCAGCCAUCUCAGGGGCCCAUUUCUGGUGGCACCCGGGUCACCAUCGAGGGGAGCUACCUCAAUGCAGGCAGCUACGUGUCUGUCAGCAUUGGACCGCAGCCCUGCUACUUCAAAAAGAGGAAUGCCCGUGAGAUAGUGUGUGUCACACCAGCUGGAAUAGCACCGGGCAGUGCUUCAGUAUUGGUGGACAUCGACGACGCUGAGCUCAGAAACCCAGAGGUCAGGUUUAACUACACUGACGACCCCACUGUCCUGAGGAUUGAACCCGACUGGAGCAUCGCCAGUGGUGGGACCCUGCUGACAGUGAGCGGGACCAACCUCGCAACCAUCCGAGAACCAAAGAUCAGGGCCAAGUACGGGCAGGCGGAGUCCUUUCAUAACUGCACGGUGUAUAACAACUCAGUCAUGAUGUGCCUGGCUCCAUCGGUGGCAGAUUCAGAGCUGGGUUUUUCUGAGACCGGCACCGGGCCGGAUGAGAUCGGGUUCUACAUGGACAACGUGAAUGCUCUGGUGGUGGUCAACGAGACAUUCAGCUAUUACCCCGACCCCGUGUUCGAACCGCUGAGCCCCACUGGAGUACUGGAGCUCAAACCCACGUCGCCGCUCAUACUCAAGGGUCGUAACCUGAUCCCAGCGGCUCCGGGUAACAGUCGCCUCAACUACACGGUGCUGAUUGGAGAAACUCCCUGUGUCCUCACCCUGUCUGAGAGCCAGCUGCUGUGUGAAUGGCCCAACCUCACCGGACAACACAAAGUCACGAUCCGUGCCGGUGGGUUCGAGUACUCCCCCGGGACUCUUCACAUCUACUCGGACAGCCUGCUGACGCUCCCUGCCAUUAUCGGCAUCGGAGGGGGUGGCGGCCUGCUUCUGUUGGUCAUCAUCGCUGUGCUGAUUGCCUAUAAGAGAAAGUCCAGGGACGCCGACCGCACCUUGAAACGUCUGCAGCUCCAGAUGGACAACCUGGAGUCCAGAGUGGCCCUGGAAUGUAAAGAAGCUUUUGCCGAGCUUCAGACAGACAUCCAUGAGCUGACCCAGGAGCUAGACGGAGCUGGGAUCCCCUUCCUGGACUACCGCACGUACGCAAUGAGGGUCCUUUUCCCAGGCAUUGAGGACCACCCGGUGCUCAAGGAGAUGGAGGUACUGGUUCAGGCGAAUGUCGAGAAGGCUCUGACGCUGUUUGGCCAGCUGCUGACGAAGAAGCACUUCCUCCUGACGUUCAUCCGCACCCUGGAGGCGCAGAGGUCUUUUUCAAUGCGCGACCGAGGCAAUGUCGCAUCUCUGAUCAUGACGGCCCUGCAGGGGGAGAUGGAGUACGCCACCGGAGUCCUGAAACAGCUGCUGUCAGACCUGAUAGACAGAAACCUAGAGAGCAAAAACCAUCCUAAACUGCUGCUCAGGAGGACGGAGUCUGUCGCUGAGAAGAUGCUGACCAACUGGUUUACAUUCCUCUUGUAUAAGUUCCUCAAGGAGUGUGCUGGGGAGCCUCUGUUCAUGCUUUACUGUGCCAUCAAGCAGCAGAUGGAGAAGGGACCCAUAGACGCCAUCACAGGAGAAGCCCGCUACUCCCUCAGUGAGGACAAGCUCAUCAGGCAGCAGAUUGACUACAAAACACUGACGUUGCACUGUGUAAACCCAGAGAAUGAGAAUGCCCCCGAGGUGACGGUCAAGUGUCUGAACUGUGACACCAUCACUCAGGUCAAAGAGAAGCUGCUCGAUGCUGUUUACAAGGGCAGCCCCUAUUCACAGAGGCCCAAGGCGUCUGAUAUGGACCUGGAAUGGCGUCAAGGCCGCAUGGCCAGAAUCAUCCUGCAAGACGAAGAUGUGACAACGAAGAUCGACAACGACUGGAAAAGACUCAACACGCUGGCUCACUACCAGGUAACAGAUGGCUCAGUGAUCGCCCUGGUGCCAAAGCAGAACUCUGCUUACAACAUCUCCAACUCCUCCACCUUCACCAAGAGCCUCAGUAGAUACGAGAGUAUGCUGAGGACAGCCAGCAGUCCAGACAGUCUACGAUCCCGAACACCGAUGAUAACCCCUGACCUGGAGAGUGGAACCAAAUUGUGGCAUCUGGUGAAGAACCACGACCACUCGGACCAGAGGGAGGGUGACCGAGGCAGCAAGAUGGUCUCUGAGAUCUACCUGACCAGGCUGCUAGCUACAAAAGGUACGUUACAGAAGUUUGUGGAUGACCUGUUUGAGACCAUCUUCAGCACGGCCCACAGAGGAAGCGCCCUGCCGCUGGCCAUCAAGUACAUGUUUGACUUCCUGGACGAGCAGGCCGACAAACACUCCAUCACGGACUAUGAUGUUCGACAUACCUGGAAGAGCAACUGUCUUCCUCUGCGGUUCUGGGUGAACGUUAUCAAGAACCCCCAGUUUGUAUUUGACAUCCAUAAGAACAGCAUCACAGACGCCUGUCUGUCUGUGGUGGCCCAGACCUUCAUGGACUCCUGUUCUACAUCAGAACACAAACUAGGAAAAGACUCACCUUCAAAUAAGCUUCUCUACGCUAAAGACAUCCCCAACUACAAGAACUGGGUCGAGAGGUAUUACUCCGAUAUCUCCCGCAUGCCGGCCAUCAGCGACCAGGACAUGAGUGCCUACCUGGCAGAGCAGUCCCGCCUGCACCUCAGCCAGUUCAACAGCAUGUCUGCGCUGCACGAGAUCUACUCCUACAUCACCAAAUACAAAGACGAGAUCCUGUCGGCGUUACAGAAGGACGAACAGUCGCGCAGGCAGCGGCUCCGCGGCAAGCUGGAGCAGGUCAUCGACACCAUGGCCCUCGCUAGCUGAGGACCGGCCAGUCACACGCCUCGGCUAGUGGAGAACUGGCCAACCAACACGCCUUCCCUGACAACCUUUGUGACAUUUUGACCCUCGACGUUUGAAGUCUGUCAUUAUCACCCUCACGAACAGCAACGAGCAGCAGCGGAAAAGACUGCGAGGACACAAGCAGCCAGCAGCAGCAGCACACUGGAGAGACAGCAGAGUUCGGAACUAAGGCCCCGCCGGCCGGGUUGGCUUCUUUUUUUCUCUCUCUCUCUGAGCCACCAACCCAGCCCCAAACAACCAAAUCAAGCGCCACCCUCAGAUGAUAUGGACCUCAGCUCAGGAGAGCAUUUAUUUUCAUCAAGGCCCUCAUCACAUCUAGAGUCCUACGGGAGAAGCAGUUUGCUACUUUGGCCACAAUCAGGACCAGUACAUUCACAGUGACCAUAAAGUCACCCAGCUGAAAUGCUACGGGAAAGGUACACGCUGCCAGCUAGUAGCUUUAGCUAAGGCUACGGUUCAGACUGUGAGCCAAUAAAAAUCCAGGAUAUUUCAAUGUGAUACUUGAUCCCUGUUCUGUUGCGUCCUCCACAGGGAGGUCAGAGGUCAGGGACAGCUACAGAGCAGCAGCCAUGGAGCUGGUAGAGAUUCAGUGUGUUGCUCAAAGACACUUCAUCAGGGUGGAUGCUUGGCAACACAGAGGCUGCUGCCACUGCAGGGCAACCAGGAGGAAGGACUUUGCAGGGAAACUCUUCCUCCAGUACUGACUCUCUAACUCUCUCAACAGGAACUCCACUGCAGUCUAACAAAGGACUUUUUCAGUUUCAUAACUCUGCAUUUGAUUUAAUAUUGCAUUUGAUUUCAUUUUCCCUCCAAACUGCCUACUCUCCCUAGUGCUGUGCCACUUGUGUUACUGCUGAAUUUGCACAACAAAGCUAAAUCAAAAGAGAGAAGAGGAUAUAUGAAUAUAUAUAUAUAUAUAUAUAGAUAUAUAAAUACAAACCUUUUGUUUUUAAAACAAAUGAAAAGUUGAAAAAAAAAAUUCCAU